AUGGCCGAUAAUAACUACUCCCAGUACCAGCACCUUUACUUUGUCUUAACUGGAAUUCCAGGGCUUGAACAAAAGUAUUACUGGAUGGCAUUCCCACUGGGUGCUAUCUAUGCCAUUGCCCUUUUUGGUAAUGGUAUUAUUAUCUCCACCAUCAAGUCUGAGUCAUCCCUGCAUAUACCCAUGUACUACUUCCUGUGUAUGCUGGCAUUGGCAGACAUGGGACUUGCCCUUUGUACUUUGCCCUCCAUGUUAGGCAUAUUCUGGUUCAACUACAAGUUCAUUGGCUUUGAUGCCUGCCUUGUCCAGAUGUACUUCAUCCACACCUUCUCAGCCAUUGAAUCAGGUGUGCUGGUGGCCAUGGCCUUCGACAGAGUUGUGGCAAUCUGGAAUCCCCUUAGAUAUGGCACCAUCCUAACCAAUGGUGUGGUAUGCAGAGCAGGGGCAGCCAUCUUGACAAGGGCAGUCUGUGUGGUCUUCCCUGUGCCUUUUCUCAUCAAGCGGCUUCCCUUCUACCGCUCUAAUAUCCUCUCUCACUCCUUCUGCCUCCACCAAGAUGUCAUGAGCCUGGCUUGUGCCAGUACCCGUGUCAACAGUCUCUACGGCCUCAUUGCUGUCAUCUUCACCAAGGGUUCCGACUCGCUCUCCAUCCUCCUCUCCUAUGCAUUAAUCCUUCGAACCGUGAUGGCCAUUACCUCAGGGGAAGGCCGACUGAAAGCUCUCAACACCUGUGUGUCACACAUCUGUGCCGUCCUUAUCUUCUAUGUGCCACUAAUUGGGGUCUCUGUCAUUCACCGUUUUGGAAAGCACCUUUCACCACUGACUCAUGCCCUCAUGGCCAAUGCCUACCUUCUUGUACCCCCGGUACUAAACCCCAUUGUCUACACUGUGAAGACCAAGGAGAUACGAAAGAAGAUCAUUCAGAUGUUUGUUCGAACCAAGAUCACUGUAGAAGGUUAA